CAGAGUCUGGGAACUCCCAUUGAUCGUUCUCUGAGGGCUCUGCAGUUCUGCUGAAGGUCAUUUAAGACCAUUCACAUUGAAUGAUAUAUAGGAAAUUAAACAUGAUAUCAGAAAUCUUUCUGAGCGAAAGCGGGUAGGUGGCCUUGGGCAUGUGGCAUGAAGUCGUGGAGUUUUUUUCACCUCGCGGGCGGGUGAAUAUUGAGCCAUGUUCAUGGUGAUGGUACCCUAUCCUGAGAGAAGGCUGGGGGACAGGGAUAUUCUGCGUUGUGGUCUGUUUAUGGUCGUCUACAUUACACAGGUCAUGGGCCUAGAUGAUUUGAUCCAGAAACGUGCUGAAUAUCAGGAGAACUGUACCAGAUCGCUGACAGCUACUUUCCCUACUGGAACUGGAAUUUUUUGCAAUGGAACAUUUGACAAGUUUGCCUGUUGGCCACAUUCAUCUCCUGGGAUAAUAUCUGUACCCUGUCCUUCCUAUUUACCAUGGAUCAGAGAAGGAUUCCUUCGUGAACAAGGCACAGGUCGACACUGGAUUUGUGGAGAGACUAAAAUUAAAAAGCAGUGCUGUGCCGUCAAUAUUGGAUCCGAUAGGAAUGGCGCAGCAAUCUUAUUUGCUACUGGAAAUGUAUACAAGGAAUGUACGGUCAAUGGGACCUGGAAAACUGAGGAGAAUUCCAGCAUUGUAUGGAGAAAUCAGUCAGAGUGUGAAAACCCUCAUUUUUUCAAGUCUGAGGAAGACAAAGUAUUUCGGCAGUCUGUGUUGAGAGUCUUAUCCAUCGUAGGAUAUGCGCUGUCUUUUUCUUCCCUUUCAUUGGCUCUUGUGAUAAUGAGUCGCCUGAGGAAGUUACACUGUACAAGGAAUUACAUCCACAUGAACCUCUUUGUAUCAUUCAUACUUAGAGCAACGGCAGUAAUUACCAAAGAGGUUAUAUUACAAGUUAUGUAUUCCAGUCUGCCCAAUGAUGAAAUUGGAUGGAACAGCUACACAAAUUCUGCGAUGUAUUUGAUCUGCAAGGCCUCAAAGGUGUCCAUGGAAUAUUUUGUGGGGUGCAAUUACUUCUGGCUCCUGGUGGAGGCAGUUUUUCUUCAUACGCUGCUGUUCACUGAAGUGCUGGCGAGGAAAAGACUUCUCAAGACAUACAUGGUUAUAGGAUGGGGCACCCCAUUAUUAUUUGUGAUACCCUGGACUCUAGCCAAAACUUUAUAUGAAAAUCAAGACUGUUGGUCCAAUAACAUCAGGUGGAUCUGGUGGAUAAUCAGAGGACCAAUAACAUUGUCAGUGAUUGUUAUUUUUUGCAUUUUUCUCAAAAUCAUUAAACUUCUGCUCUCAAAGUUAAAAGCCGAUCAAGUGAAAUUCACUGACUACAGAUACAGUUUAGCCAGAGCAACGCUUGUGUUGGUUCCUCUGCUUGGAGUCCAUGAGAUUGUCUUUACCAUAAUUAUCGAUGAAUCGGUUGAGGGUAGCAACCGCUAUGUUCGGAACUUCAUCAAUCUAACCCUGAGCUCCUUCCAGGGUCUCGUAGUUGCGGUUCUGUACUGCUUUGCUAAUGGAGAGGUCCAGGCUGAGCUAAAAAAGAGGUGGCAGGUGUUUCUUUUUUCCAACCGCUUUGAGGUCCACAACUGCUUUGCAGACAUACAUCCCAAAUAUCUGUGGAAGUGUUCACAAAAGAACCCCAGACAAGCCACAGAACAGAGUGAAUCAUACACAGAAGGAAACAACAUCCCCACACAGGGACAACAAAUGCAAGUGACUGUCCAAUCAGCAGAGGACAUAACUUGUGGACGGAACACAGGUGUGGAAUUUUACACACGCAAGAGUCUCUCCAGCAGUGAUGGGGAGAUGACAUUAGGAGAAACAGUGGAGGAAGUCAUAGAGGAGAGUGAGUUUUAAAUCUAUUGCACUUAUGAUUUUGUCAUUAGCCUGUGCUUGCGAUUCAUUUUUGUACAAAAAUGUAAUUAGGAUCUAUAUUAUAAUCACUGUAAAUUGCUUCUAUUAUGUUUUUUAUACCUGUUGUUUUUGUAUGAAUGGCUGAAGAUUUUGAACUAAUUUGUUGUUCAUCAAAAUAUUACAUAAAUUCAUAAAAUGAGUCUACUGAGACCUAUGCCGGACUAAUAAAAAUAUUGCCUGUUGUAUAUAAAUACAUUAAACACUGUUGCAUCAAUAAGUCUGCUUUUUUCUUUCAAUUUGGUCUUAAUAGUCAGUCUAUCCCUGGCUAAAAUGGACAUGCAUAAAAGCUGUCUUUAGUUAACAGGUCAAACUGUGUACACUUUGUAAUAAGCAUUUAAGUACACAACUAAAAUUACCUUGACAUCACGUUUUAUAUGUUAAGUGUAGUUUUUAGGUAGCAUGAAGUAAGAAUUGGUUAUGUACAUAUUUCAUGUGUGGUUACAUGGAUAUUGACAAUAAUGAAUUUGGCUAUGGACUGCUUGUGUUUCAAAGCAAUUUUAAUGUUUUUAAGUCUCUAGAUGAAAAUGCAAUGCCUUCUAUAUUGAAUACUAUUUAGAAAAUUGUGAAGUACUUCAAUGUUUUACAUUCAAUGUUGAUGGUAAU